AAAAGUGGACGAGAGUUGAGAUGAGCGGCGCUAGGGCGAAUAUUGAAGUUAGGGUUUUGGGUUCGGAGGAUCAAGACGCGACCAUGACCGAGGUGGGGGAGAGGGUGAGACCACCAGGAGAACCGCCAGAUGCGGGGGCGUCGUAUGCGUCUAAGGUGGUGGGCAUGAACGGAGGAGGUAUGCCGAUACCGGAGAGUUUGCUUGAUGAUGCGUUCGUGACGGAGAGGCUUCAUGUGGAGUUCCCGAAUGGAGAUGAGGGAGAGCCAUCCAUUACGAUCGAGCCGGAGGUGUUGGAAGCGAUGAAUGGGAUGUGGAAGCAGUGCAUGAUUGUCAAGGUGCUGGGGAGGAAUGUUGCGAUUGCUGCCUUGAGCAAGAAGUUACGUGAAUUGUGGAGUCCGAAGGGAGCAAUGUACGUAAUGGAUUUACCUCGUCAAUUCUUUAUGGUUCGUUUCGAGAGGGAGGAGGAGUAUUUGGCGGCGUUGUCUGGAGGACCAUGGAGGAUAUUUGGGAGUUAUCUCAUGGUGAGAGCCUGGUCGCCAGUUUUUGACCCUCUAAGAGAUGAAAUUGUUACAACUCCCGUUUGGAUCAGACUAUCAAAUAUACCAGUGAACUUUUACCACCGAUCGAUACUCAUGGGGAUUGCGAAGGGGUUGGGUACGCCGAUACGUGUGGAUCUUACGACACUGAAUUUUGAGAGAGCUCGGUUUGCAAGGAUUUGUGUGGAAGUGAAUCUUGCAAAACCUCUGAAGGGGACAGUACUAAUCAAUGGUGAAAGGUAUUUUGUCGCGUAUGAAGGCCUCUCCGAAAUCUGUUCUAAGUGUGGUAUCUACGGACACUUGGUUCAUGGAUGCCCGAAGACAAUAUCUGAAAGAGUGGCGAACUUAGCAUUGACGACGGAGAGAAUGGCCACUAAACAGAUUGAACAAAGGCAAGAAGAUGGGUUUACACAAGUACGGGGUGGGAGGAGAGGAACACAAACAUCUCGGGAAGUAAACGCUGGAGUUGGUGAGAUUAACGGAGGAGCUCAUAGAAGUCCUAGAGAGACCCCAAAACUGAAGGCUGCAGAGAAUAUUGUGGUGUCGAAUAAAUAUGGGAGCCUGGAGAUAGUUACGAAUAUGGAGGAAUCAAUUAAUGAGGAAGUGGCUGGUGAGGGGAAUAAGGAGAAUCAAAAUACAAAUAUUCAGCAGAAGCAGGGUAAGGGAACCUUGCUGGAGAAGGAAACAUUAAUCUUUGGAGGAAAAAAGAGUGAACUAACCAUCUCGACAGGGGUGAGGAAGGAGAGAUGGGGGGGUCAUAAUAAGAAGUUGAGCGAAGGAGUAAGAGGAAGGCCUAAGCAGUUACCUAAUAGGCCCGUUAGAGGUUUGGUUUUUGGUCCAACGAAGGGGGAGAUUAGCCUCUCAGAGUCGGGGAAGAGGUUGCGAGUGGAAAGCUCGGUUGCGGGAAGAUCGAAUGGUGAGUUCCGAGACAAUAUGGAGGUUGCCAGAGUUAUAGAAAAACCGUUGAGGUUAAGAGAUGAGGAGGUGGAGGACCAGAUGGAAAGUAAUAUCAGUGCGACGGACCAGGGAGAGGCUGAUGUACAGACGGACUUGCAAGGAGAUGGUAGGAUUCUGUCUCUUGCAUGACAGAUUGCCCCGGUAAUUCGUGGUUACCUUGAGCUUACAAGAAUGAUGAAUUGUUUAUUUUGG